AUGUAAAGAGUUGUCGUUCCAGGAUCAACCGGUCCAGUAGCGUUUCACGUGUUGGAUGAAAAGCAAGGAGGUGGGCCAAAUCUUCCAAGUCCCUUUGUUGUCAACAUUAUCAGAUGGAUCCGUAGAACUUUUCGCAACCCCAGAUCUCGUUCUUUGCAACUAUCCGCGUGACUGUGCAUUUUCAGUGUGUCAAAAGUGGAAAGGAAGGAAAGAGAGGCGGAAGGAAGUUUCAGUAUUCCUUUUUUCCCGCGUCGUUUUUGAAUCGUGUCCUUGGCGGGAAAAAACAUGGACACCCGUUUGAAAAUCACUAGGGGCCGCUUUUGUUGACCACAAAGGGCUGAAGAAGGAGGACAGAAAAGGGAAGGAGGAGAAGGAUAUUUGAUUCCCUUCACAACUGGAAGAUGCGGCGGCCUUUGGCUAUCCUCUACUUUCUGUGGACAAUUGUCCUGUCCCAGGGGGAUAUCCCGUCUUCCCAAUCCUCACAAAGAGAGACCUUUGAUGUGCUGCACCAUGGCCACUCUGAUCCUCCCGAAUGUGAGUUCCCAGAAGUUUGGAUAGGGACUUGGUUCCAUCUUGGGUUUCCGCAUCCGCUCAACAUUACAAGAAACGAAAUCACCAGCAAAGGGACUUGCUUUCGGAGGCAAGGAUCUCAUUUUCUGGUCCGAGAGAGACUUGACAACAAUUUUCACGCUGAGGAAGAGCAAGUUCGGUUUUGCUUGAAGUGCAUGCUCAUCAUUGAGAAACACCAAAAUGCAUUGCAAUAUAAAGAAAGCUAUUGCGAACCAUGGAACCCGAUGUUUGCGGAAACUACUUUUGCGGUUUCUACGCUCUGUUCCAGCAUCAUGGCUGAUUCAGCCCUCUUCUAUAUGUUUCGAAUGGGGCCGAACCUCAAGCCGACUGCUUGUCCUUUCGAUGGGACACACACCUUCAGCUAUUCCACCCGCGGGGGCAAAGACAUUUGUGGCCGACCCAGUUCCCACUUGGAGCAAUGCACCGAUCCAACGAGAUUGGUGUUCCAAUUCCAGGCUUGUCCAGAUGUUCUUGGAUCUGAGAGUGCAGAUCAUGAACUGAGUUGCUUGGCCACAUGGAGUGAAGGCUCCUCGCGUUUCCUCGUUGGCCAAUGGCGAUCUCGGCGGAGACACUCGAGCUCUCGAGAGAUGAAUAACUACCAUUGCUUUCGACACGAAAGAAGAUUUGAGAACCAGGAAGUGGUGGUCAAAAUGGCACAAUCCUUCAAAAGCUCCUGUAUGGGCCUGUGGAGUGUGGAGGAAGGAGCGCGAACUUACGAAAUGACGCCAGUUUUGACUGAAUUUGAGGAAUGCGGCCUUCCUUCUUGGAUGACCGUUCAUCGAUCCUGGAAGUCAUUGGAUCAUCGAAUGCGACUCGAAUUCCUCGAUGGCAAUUCUCGGAGGAUGAGAAUCUUCUUGGAUGGCCAGGAAGGGGAAAUGCAAUGUCAUGAUAUAUUCAGUUUGGACCUUCCGACCCUCAGGACCAACGCAGAGUCAGGCUUGGGUGUGAGCGGUGCUUCCAAAGGAGGGCAGGACCCAAGACCAAGAGGCCCACCGUCGUUCCCGGGACAAGACAAUCAGAUGGCUGUGAUAUUAAGGCAUAAGAUGGGAUGUUCAAUGGGCUUCACUUGUCUACACCUUGAGCGCAAGCAUUCCAAUGUGAUUUUCUUCCAAAUGGGGAACAUGUCUCGCCAUGCCUCAGAUGCGUGUUCCAAUUUCUACUUCAACGCUGAAGCUCCCUUUCAUACCCUGAUUGCGGAGCAAGUGAGUGUCGAGUGUCCACUUCAAGGGAAAUUCCAGCAAAUCCCCGUGACACUUCACCAAAGUGUGGACCAUUUUCGUCAUUCCUCGCCAUGUAAAGGUUGGAUGAAGGGUGGAUGUCCACUCUCCAGUAACCUUCAGAUGUUUUCAUGUGAAUUGUCAGACUUGCCUCGAAUAGCGGAUUUUCAAUGCAUUGGCUCGUGGAGCAAUGAAGAGACAGUAGAUGCCUUGAAUGCCACCACGACUCGGCCCACUCCGGUCAGAGAACCCCAACAACAUCUGGUCCUGACCUCCAGUCGAUCGACCAUUUGCAUCUCAUAUUCAAAAGAGGGCUCCACAGUGAAUCUCACGCUCUACAAAGGCCACUGUGAGGCUCAAACCAAGGCUGACAUUCAAAUGAGACACGACGGUCCGUGUCAUGAUGCGCUCAUUGAUUCUUCUGCCAUAUCGAGCUCCCCCCGGGUCUUAGGCCCAAUAUCAAAUUUGGCUAUUUUGGUAAAAAUGCCUAUUGUCACAUUACUGGUUUUUCCUCGAGUGUACCUGUGAUUGCUUCUUGUCUAUCAAACAAGCUCUUAACGUAUUUUAUACUUCAUUCGUCUGAAUAAAGAUCACAAUUGUGUCGAUUAAA